AUGCUUUCCGUUCAUUUCUGGCAGACCCGGGGUCGACCUACAGAUGCGGCUUCUUCGCUGGCUGAUGGCAUUCAGACCCCCAGCCACGGACGGUGCCAGACAAGCAACUGGACAGGACAGCUCAGCAGCAGGACACUGGCCACAGUCGCGGCCAGAGCCGCAGCCCCCUGGCUACAGACCUCCUCUGCUGCCCCUCUUGGGAGCCCUCCCGCCUCACUCUGGCUUGCCGAGGCCCCGCCACAGGGGCUGAAGCACUGGGCAGUGGUGGCAGCGGUAGCAGUGGUACCUACAGCCUUGGGGCCAGCCCAGGCACGUGGGAACCUGUUUCAGGCCACUCUGCGGCCCCUCCAGGACCAGAGGGGGACCCAGGACAGCCCCAGAGCUCACCACUGCCUCUUCUUGUCACUGAAACCUGGGCAAGGGCUCAGAAUGGAAGGCGGUACUUCUGACAUGAACCCUCAGACCAGCCUGACGCCUGCGGAGGACCGGGUGAGCGGAGCACAAAACAGCCCAGAGCCCAGGCAGCAGCUGCGGCCGCUUCCUGAGCCUUUAGACUCUACCCAGCCAGAAGCCAAGUAUGUGGAGAUGUGUGCUUCAGCUGGAGUCCGAAGUGAGAGCCCCCAGACCAUGAAAUCGCUACUGGAACACUGCCUUAGGGAGCAGGCUUCUGGGAGCCCAACGACAAAAGCCAAGGAUGAACCCAGCAGCCAUGCUAGUGAGGCUCCAACCCCCAGGAAGAGCCCUGCUUCCUCCCAAUGCCCCAGCUCCCGGGCUAGUGAGAAUGACUUCUCAUCUUCCUCCUCCUCCUCCUCCUCCCCGGUGGACAGAGCAGAAGACGCUGGCCUUUCCAAAACGGAUGAUCCCACAAAGUUACUGGGGAUCCUGGCCACCUCCUCUUCAUCCUUGGGCUUUGAGAGUGAGGCGGAAAUGAGCUGCCAGCAACACAACCGAGAAGAAGCCGGGGAAAGGGCAGGAGCCAGGGAGGUUAAAAGAGGAGGGGUCGGUGAUGGAACAGAGUGCAAGGAUAUUAUUGCCAAAUCCCAGGGCAAGAGGGACCCCCUGAAAAAUGAGGAAGCACACUACAUCACCACCCAUGAGAUCCAGCUGAGUGAGAUGGAGCAGGGUAUGGAUUUCGAUGUGGGGCUGGCUUCUCGCUGGGACUUCGAGGACAACAACGUGAUCUACUCGUUCGUGGACUAUGCUUCCUUUGGUGGCAGUGAUGAGACCCCAGGAGACAUCACCACCGAAGAAGAUGAUGACAACAGCUGUUACGUCAGCACCACUCCGAGUACCAACACCACUCGGACUCCCAGCCCCAUCAGCAGUGACCUGGCUCGCCCUAGUGCAGGCAGCAGUGGCCGUGACACCAGCAGCACAGAAGUGGGCAGUGGCCCCUCUGACAGUGACACUAUUCCCCCACCCACUGGGCCUGGCACUGCCACUCCACCUGAGCCUUUACUGGAGCUCCGGGAGGCAGCGUUAAGGGCACCGGUCACUGCUGCAAGCAGCUGUGGGAGUGCAGCAAGCCAGAUCCUCCUAUCAAUCAAGCCAACUUCCCGGGCUAUAAAUGAGCCUAGCAACGUGCGUGCAAAGCAAAACAUUAUUUAUGCUGCCAAGCAUGAAGGCGACAUGAGCCUCCGCGUCUCUACAGCUGCUGAACACAAUUCAAGUUCACAAAAGCAAAAUUCAGCUGCAGCCGUGGCUCAGGACCAUGCAAAGAAAUUCAUUGCAGUCCCAGCUCGACUGCAAACCAGGUGCGGGGCCAUCCGGGCCAAGGAGCUGGUGGACUAUUCCAGCGGAGCCUCCAGUGCAGUGAGUGAGCUGGACGAUGCAGACAAAGAGGUGAGAAACCUGACUUCCAGGGCCUUCCGGAGCCUUGCUUAUCCCUAUUUUGAGGCUCUGAACAUCAGCUCCCGGGAAUCCUCCACCACACUCUCUGAAGUGGGCUUUGGACGAUGGUCAACCUUCCUGGACUUAAAAUGUGGAGGUGUUGGAGCCAGGGUGGAGCAGAGCCUGCUGAGGAGCAGUGCGGCCUCUGUGGCUGCAGGUCUGAGGAAGGGUGGGGGCGCUCGAGCCACCGCAGACCAGCUCUACCUCCAGGCCAGGAAGUCCCAGACCAAGGCCUUGGAGUUUGUGGUCAGCAAAGUUGAAGGAGAAAUCAAACACGUGGAGACGCCCCUGUGCUUCCAGAAGCAGGUCCAAACUGGCUCCCGGGUGGUCACACUUCUGGAGCCCCUCAAUCUACGAAGUGAGAGCAAAGCCAGCUCAGCCACCGGGCCCUGCAGAGUCAGCAAAGGUUCUAGCAAAGGUCCGGGGUCGGUGUACACAGAUGAUGGAUCAGAGACAUCCGAGAGUAACAAGCCUGCCUCCCGCAGUGAUGGCCCCCAGAAGAAGUCCAAAUUUGCUUCGAGUCUGCUCAAAAACGUCAUUUCCAAGAAGAUGCAGCGAGAACAUGAGUUCAAAAUGGAGAGAGGAGAAGUCAGUGAUACAUCUCACCGGAACGCCCCCAGCACCUCUAAGGAGAUAGAAGGGCCUCCUGGGGCUGAGAAGCCAUGGGAGAGGGGCCUGCAGAGGCAGAGCUCGCGGCACUCGGAGGCUAGUUCCGAGUACACCGUGGUCAGCGUGUCUGACGCAGGUGGAGAAGGAUCUGUUGUGGGUUCCAAGUCCCCCGUUUUCAAAGCCAGUACUCCUCGAGAGAGCAACACAGGCCCCGGCCGAAAUUUCUCUGAUGGACACACGGAAGUGUGUGAAAUUAAAAAGAGUGCCUCAGAGACCGUGAAGGGCAUCUUCCUUCGGAGUCAGAACAGUGCCUUCCGGACAUGGAAGGAGAAAGAGGCAGAGAAGAUGGACGAGAAGGCCCCCGUUGGGAAGCUGAAGCCCCCCAAAGGUGGGGACUGGAGGGCUGACCUUGGGGAGAUCUCUGGCAGCAAGCCUACCAUCAUGUCUCGCCUCUUCGUUCCCAACAUCCAGCAGACGCCCAAGGACAAACAGCCAGAGAAGCAGGCCACCAAGUACCCUGCUGCUGCUGCCCAGGCCACCUCCACGGCAGUGAUCAGACCCAAAGCUCCCGAAAUCAAGAUCCGCCUGGGAAGUGUACAGCAGCCAAGCUCAGACUUCAACAUUGCCAAGUUGCUCACGCCCAAACUGGCUAGUGGCAGCAACUCAAACCUCUUUAAGACCAUUGAGGACAACAGCAGGACCCAGCAGAAACUCUUCCGGGGUGGGGACAAUCUGGAAAAGGUGCCCCAGUUCCAGGUGAGAGAUGUUAGAGACAAGAGUAAGGCCCCAGGACCUCUGCACCAGGUGAGGGAUGUCAGGAAACUAAUCAAAGGGUCAGGGGAUAACAGUGACAAGGGCAGUGUCACCCCAGAGCAGGGGUUGACAGGGCCGAAGCCUAGGCAGCUGACUGCUGCAGCUGGAGGAUCUGGGUCCUUGUCCCCUAUGGUGAUCAUGUGCCAGGCAGUUGUGAACCCAAAAGAAGACAGUGCGGAACGAGAGUCCAGGGAAGGCUUGAGCAAAGUGGGCAGUGGCAGCAGAGUCUUGAACUCCUCUCCAGAAGGGACUGUCUUGGUUCACAGGGCAUCUGGAAGGCUGCCUGUGGCCACCAUUGCUCCCAAUAAAUCUGAGCAGGGCUCUUACCUGCCCGUGCUCAAGAUUGUCUCCAAGGCUUCCGCUCAGCGGACCCCAGAGAAACCCAAAGAGGAAGACAUGAAGGAGGAAGGGAAAGCGCCAAAGCCAGCCAGGAACGCCUUGGAGAAGCUAACGGCUGCAGUGAGGUCCAUGGAAGAGCUGUAUAGCUUCAACAGGAAUGAAUGGAAGCGCAAAAGUGACCCUCUGCCCAUGAUGGCUGACAGCCAUGUCCUGUCACUCAUUGCCAGUGAGGAGAGGGAAGGGGUGGCCGGACCUGAAGGAGACCCGGACAAGCUGGCCAAGCAACUGGGGCAGAUGGAAGAACGGGAUGUGGGACACAAAGCUGGUGUGGUGCUAAGAGGGGCCCCCAUUGAACGCCUGCAGAGGAGAAACUCGAACCCCAGCACUGAGAGUGUGUCUGCCCGGGCAGCUGCCUUUGAGAACAUGGCCAGAGAAAGGCCCAGGUCGCUCUAUAUUCCCCCAGUCCACAAGGAUGCAGAAAGAGCCCAACCUCUGCAGCCCCUCCCCCCUCUCCCCAACAACCGGAACGUGUUCACCAUGAGUGCAAGCAGCACUCAAAAAACCGGGGGUGUUGCGGGCAAAUUCCCACAAGGGCCUUCUCCAGAGAGCCUUUCAGCAGCCAAGGGCAUCAAAUCUCAGGGGCUCAGAUCGCUCAAGAUCUCCCCAGCCACCCGGGCCCCUCCUGACGAGGUCACCAACAGGAAAACUGCUGUCAGUUUGGAAAAGAGCAACAGUGAAUGUGAGAAUUACCUGAGCACACCCCUUAAAGGAAGCUCUGCUUCAGGGGAGUUGCUUGGCAGGCCAGGGCCUUCCAGAGACGGGCCUCCCAGCUCCUCGGCGGCCACUCUGUGCAGCUUACCUCCACUGAGUGCCCGCAGUCAGGUCCCCAAUAACUCCAAAGGCACUCAUGUCAGUGGAACCAGUAGGCCAGCUUGGCGUACCAAACCUGACAACCACCGCGAAGUAGUCGCGGCCUCGACAGGGCUGCAGAGCCCGGAGCAUACUCCCACUGCCGUCUACCACCAGCAGGCAUUGCCCUUUACUCUGCAGGGGGCCCAGCCUCAGGUCCUCUGUUUCUCCCCACCCGGUAUGCCAGCUCCAGCGCCUGCAGGCCCAGCCGCAGUCCCCACAGACCCCUUUCAGCAGACACAGCCUCAGCAGACACAGCGCAAGAUGCUCCUUGAUGUGACCACUGGACAGUAUUAUCUGGUGGACACGCCCGUUCAACCCAUGACCCGGAGAUUGUUUGACCCCGAGACAGGACAAUAUGUGGAUGUGCCUAUGACCUCCCAGCAACAACCUGUGGCACCCAUGUCCCUUCCUGUACCACCUCUGGCCCUGAGUCCUGGGGCCUAUGGGCCCACCUAUAUGAUCUAUCCUGGAUUUCUGCCCACAGUGCUGCCCUCCAACGCCCUGCAGCCCACGCCCAUUGCUCACACUGCAGGAGGCAGUGAGCUCUCAGUAGCAGCAGAGACCCCCACUAAAGAGACAGCCGCAGCGUUCACUGAAGCCCCAUACUUCAUGGCCUCUGGUCAGUCCCCUGCCUCCUCUUCCUCCUCGGCCCCGGCAGCCACAUCCCAGCUUGUGGGGGCCAAGGGCUUUGCCCAGCUGCAUGGCAAGCCUGUUAUCAGCAUCACCUCACAGCCCUUGGGGCCACGGAUCAUCGCUCCCCCUUCCUUUGAUGGCACCACCAUGAGCUUCGUGGUGGAACACAGAUGA